UUGGAUCAGUUCUAAUUUUAUUCCCCACAUUGUUUUCUUUCGGAAUGGCUGCAGACAGUCUGAAGUCGUUUAUUUUAUCCGAGUUUAAAGACCUUCAGCACAGAUGUCAUGAUGCUAUGAAGUCACCGAAAGGUCUGGAUGUAGAUGAUAGCUUUUUACAGAAAUGCAUGAUGAAAUGUCAGGGUGUGACAAGCAAUUUCCCAACCACCAUAUCUGGUGGACAAGUCAGCUAUUACAUACAGCAAUAUGCAGAAGCCAUCCUAGAUUUUACAUACCAUGAUGAAAAUGUACUCAGUGAUGCGGAUUUUCCUGAAAAAAAUGCAAAGGAAAGAAUUGCUAAAAUCUUCUCCUAUCUGGAUAAAGUGAGUGAGAUGUGCCUAGUGGUGUCGCCCAACAGCAAGCCAGAGGAGUUGCUGGGAAAUGAGUUAGCUGAGUGCCUGCUGUGGCGGCGAGGGGCACUACUCUAUGGUUACUGUGCCACCAUCCAUGGUGAAAAGGAAAGAAGGGACAGGCAGGUGGUCGAACUCAGACAGAACCUGCAGAUGGGGGUUCAUUACCUCCAGAUGUUGUUCAAGAUACGAGACACUGUGUUUGACACAACCCACGUACCCAAUGACAAUGAAACUCUCGAGCUUCUCAAACGAGGCAUAUACAGUGAUACCCACCUAUUGGCACUCAUGUACGGUGGGGAGAUGUGCUACUGGUUCAUCUCCACUACCAAGGACGUGACGGAGUCGGAGCGUGCAGCCCGUGCCUUUGGGCUCGAAAUGCUGAACACAUACGUGCAGGCCAUUGAGAGCAUUCCCGAGCUGCAAGCAGGAUGGAACACUGAGAGGGCUAAAGAACUUAUAACUGCAAUGAAUUCCUGAGUUAAUAUUUCAUUAAGACAAUUUUGUUACAUGUAUGAAUUUUGUGUGUGAAUGUGUAAGUGUUUAAUUAUGAAUGGAAUUUAUUUAUUUGUUAUAUUGUUUUGUUAAUAUUAUUGUAUUGUCAUGUGUUUCCUUUUAUAAGUAUUCUAUAGCAAUAAUUUUUAAGCUAUUAAAAAAAAAUGCAUGUUUAAGGAGUCAAAGUUUCUUUCGAUUUUUCAACGUACUAUUUUUAGCUCACCUGAGCAGAACGUUGUGAGCUUUUGUGAUCGCCUUUUGUCCGUCGUGCGUUGUGCGGCGUCAACAUUUGCCUUGUUAACACUCUAGAGGCCACAUUUAUUGUCCAAUCUUCAUGAAAUUUGGUCAAAAGAUUGGUCUCAAUGAUAUCUUGGAUGAGUUUUAAAAUGGUUGCAUUUGCUUGAAAAACAUGGCUGCCAAGGGGCGGGGCAUUUUUCCUUAUAAUGCUUUAUAUGGCUAUAUUAAAAUCUUGUUAACACUCUAGAGGCCACAUUUAUUGUCCGAUCUUCAUGAAACAUGGUCAGAAGAUUAAUCCCAAUGAUAUCUUGGACAGGUUUAAAAAUGAUGUGGGUUGGUUGAAAAACAUGGCUGCCAGGGGGCGGGGCAUAUUUCAUUAUAUGGCUAUAGUAAAACCUUGUUACCACUCUAGAGGUCAUAUUUAUUUUCCAAUCUUCAUGAAACUUGGUCAGAAGAUUGGUCAGAAAGAUAUCUUGAAUGAGUUCCAAAAUGGUUACAUUUGCUUGAAAAACAUGGCUGCCAAGGGGCGGGGCAUUUUUCCUUAUAUGGCUUUAUAUAUGGCUUUUGUAAAACUUUGUUAACACUCUAGAGGCCACAUUUAUUGUCCAAUCUUCAUGAAAUUUGGUCAGAAGAUUGGUCUAAAUGAUAUCUUGGAUGAGUUCAAAAAUGGUAAUGUUUGCUUGAAAAACAUGGCUGCCAAAGGGCGGAGCAUUUUUCCUUAUAUGGCUUUAUAUGCCUAUAGUAAAAUCUUGUUAACACUAUAGAGGCCACAUUUAUUGUCCGACCUUUAUGAAACUUGGUCAGAACAUUUACCCCAAUGAUAUCUUGGAUGAGUUUGAAGAUGGUUAGGGUUGGUUGAAAAACAUGGCUGCCAAGGGGCAGGGCAUUUUUCCUUAUAUGGUUAUAGUAAAACCUUGUUAACACUCUAGAAGUCACAUUUAUUGUCUGAUCGUCAUGAAACCUGGUAAGAAGAUUUGUACCAAUGAUAUCUUGGACUAGUUUGAAAAUGGUUUCAGUUGCUUGAAAAACAUGGCAACCAGGGGGCGGGGCAUUUUUUUUAUAUGGCUUCAUGAAUCUUCAUGAAACUUUGUCGGAAUAUUUGUUUAAAUGAUAUCUAGGAUGUAUAUGAAAAUGGUUCUGGUCUGUUGAAAAACGUGGCUGCCAGGUUGUUCACUAGUCAUGAAAGUUUGUGAGAACAUUUGUUCUAAUUACACCUUGAGCUGCACAGAACAGGUCAGUUCCUUUGCAUUACAGGUGAGCGACUUUGGGCCUUACAGGUCCUCUUGUUUAGUUUGGAUUAAGUCACAAAUAAGUUACUCAUGGAGAGAUGCUUUUGUUUCUGAUACUUCCAUGCUUUUAUUGUUUUAUGUCUCAAAAUGUGAUAAUGCUGUGGGAAAUAGAUAGUUUUGUAAAUCAAAUUCUAUAAGUAUUACAGUGUACUAGUAUU